UGACGACGUGUAACGUCAAUUCGUCAGAUUUCGAGAAGAACUUUUUUUUUUCUUUUUAUUUUUUUUUUUGGGAGAAACCAUUUGAAGCUUGCACACUUCACACACACACACACACACUGAGACACAGUCCCUCUUCACUCUUCCAAUUUUCUCAAAUUCAGAGGAAAUCAAGGCCCGUUUCACUUGAAUUCCUCUGCAGCAAGAUGUCCCAGCAGCCAUCCCAGACCAAGAGCCCAGCAGAUGAAAAUCACUCGGAGAUGUACAUUCGAGUUAAGCGCAGCAAGACCACUUACUUCUUGCAAUGCCUUCCCAGUGAAAAAGUUUUACAGAUCAAAGAGAAGUUGCAGAUCCUAAUUGAUCAACCAGUUAAUGACCAGCGAUUGAUUCUGUUGCCAAAUAAAGAAGUACUUGAUGAUUCAAAGUCAUUAGCUGAUCAGAAGGUUGAAAAUGAUGCAGUUGUGGCACUAACCUUGAGAAAAGAUGACAAUGAAUUUGAGGAUGUGAAUAUCGCGAGGCCUACUGAUUACUACCGUGAUGGUGAUGGUGGCUCAAAUUGGUGAGAAGAACCGUGUUUGGAGCUGCUGAAAGCCUGAAACUUUACACUCAUAUUCACUGCUAAUUAACCUGUUGUUGCUGUUUGGACUGCUUUUACAGCACUAGGAGUUGCUUUAUUAAUGAUCUUACGUUGAGGAUUUCAAGCAUGCAAUGUUUAGACUCCUUUCUCUUUAGCUGUUUUGGAUGAAAUUUUAAGAGUUGCUCUGGUGUUGGCGGGGCAGAGGGCCUAUUUUACUUCGAUUAUUACUCGAGAUGUUCUGGAACUUGACAGUCAUAAUUUCGAAAUUUAUGAAAAAGGAGAAAAUGAAAUUGUUGGCAA